GAGGAAUGUUAUGGAAGCGGGAUUCCUCCGUGUUUUAUUGGCUGACGGUCCGGCGUUUUAUCCCUCUGGUGUUAUUUCGAAUGGUCAUCAUCACCGGUCAAAAAUGGACAUCAGAUGAUUUGUUUUAAUAUAAGAAGAGAGAUAACCCUUAAGUUGUGGUAGCUGCCAAUGGGCAGCAAGAAUGUAAGCCAACACACGAAAGAGAUUACCUUCUACGAGGGAAGAUGCUUCACCGGCAGGUGUCUGGAGGUCAGAGGUGACUGUGAUAACUUCCAGGACCGUGGCUUCAUGAACAGGGUGAACUCCAUCCGUGUGGAGAGCGGUGCCUGGAUCUGCUAUGACCACCCCGACUUCAAAGGCCAGCAGUACAUUCUGGAGCACGGCGAGUACCCCGAAUUCCAGAGGUGGAACUCCCACAACGACCACAUGGGAUCCUGCAAGCCCAUCCGCAUGCAUGGAGAGCACUACCGCAUCGAGCUGUUCGAGGGCUGCAACUACUCCGGUCAGUGUAUGGAGAUGUGUGAUGACUGUCCCUUCCUGCAGAGCCGUGGAUUCUCCAAGAACUGCAUCAACUCUGUCAGGGUCUACGGAGAUGGAGCCUGGGUGAUGUACGAGGAGCCCAAUUUCCGUGGCCGUAUGUACAUUGUGGAGCGUGGAAACUACUGCAGCCAUAACGAGUGGCAGGCCCAGAACCCCAACAUCCAGUCCAUCCGCAGAGUCGUCAACUACUUCUAAGCCCAUCAGCUUCCCUCUCCUGUGACUUUUACCAACGCUGUGAUCAUGUACAAUAAAUAAACCAAAACUAAAAGAAGAAAACAGGUUUUUUAUCAAACAAUGUCU